GUAAUUACAAAAUAAACAAUUUUUUUUUAGAACAUUUAGUGUCAUUUGGUUGGCGACCUUUUUUUCGUCUGUCAAAACUAUCUGUCGUUUUUUGGCGGUUUAAAAAAUAUUUGCACGUUAGCUUCUUCAGAGUUUGUUCGUGUUGAGUUUGAGAAAAUAUUAAUAUAAAUAAAUAAAUAUUAAGGUGUAAAAUGCCACCCAAGAAAGCCACCUCUAGUGCGAAGGCAAGUGGCACAAAGGCUAAAACUGGGGCCAAAACCAGAGACACCAAAACCACAAAGAAGAAUGUGGAAAAAGAAGCUAAACCUGAAGAGAACGAAGUAAAACCAACAACGACAAGAAAACGUAAGAAGGCAGAGCCUGUAACUGAAAGUAAAGAGGAAGCUGCACCUAAAAUAAGAAAAAACAAGGGCAAGACUGUCAAGUCGGCGGAUAUUGAAAGUAAGGAAGAAAAUGAAGGAGAACAUUUAGGUAAUGUAGUAGAUGUGAAAAAGGGCCAAAAACGAAAGGCUGCUACUAAAAAGGAGCCUAAACUAGAACAUUCAGAAGCAAAGGCACCUAAAAAUGCAACUAUAACCAAUUGGGAAAGUAUUAAUUUCAAAUGUACUUCAAAAUCUCCAAAAGGUAAAGCCCCCAACUUCCACAUUACUACAUGGAAUGUAGGGGGGCUAAGAAGCUGGUUGAAAAAAGGGUGUCUUGAUAUACUUCAGUAUGACCAACCUGAUAUUCUAUGUAUUCAAGAAACUAAAUGUUCUUUAGACAAAUUACCCGAAGAAGUCAAAACAAUUAAAGGCUACGAAACAUUAUGGUGUAGUAGUGAUAAAGAUGGGUAUGCCGGAGUUGGCAUUAUUGUAAAAGAUAAACCCAUUAAUGUUAUUUAUGGUAUUGAAUCUAAAGAACAUGAUACUGAAGGUCGAUGCAUCACCGUGGAGUAUGAAACUUUCUAUAUUGUCAAUGUUUAUGUUCCUAACGCAGGUCGAAAAUUAGUUACACUACCAAAACGGUUAGACUGGAAUGAAGAAUUUAAAAAGUUUAUUAAAAAAUUGGACUCACAAAAACCGGUUAUCAUUUGUGGUGAUAUGAACGUUGCCCAUACAGAAAUUGAUUUAGCGAAUCCUAAAACCAAUACCAAAAAUGCUGGAUUUACCAUCGAAGAACGAGAUGGUAUGACUGAUUUUCUAGCAAAUGGUUUUGUUGAUAUUUUUCGACAUUUAUAUCCUGAUAAGGAAAAGACUUACACGUUUUGGACUUAUAUGGGAAAUGCUAGAGGCAAGAAUGUCGGAUGGCGUUUGGAUUAUUUUUUGAUUUCUAGUAGAUUUGUGGACAAUGUUUGCGAUAACUUGAUCCAUAGUGAGGUUUUGGGGUCUGACCAUUGCCCCCUUUCUCUUCAUUUACAAAUUUAAGUGUUUUUAAAAUGUUUAGUUAUCCGUAUCUUAAGUUCUAAUAUAUUUGCAUUUUUUUAAAUAUUUCUA